CCGUGCCGCGAAGCCUGGGCCGAGGUCCGGCGGCCCUACCGGGCGCCUCCCCGCGGAGGUGUCCUUCCCGGGGAGGUGUGAGCCGUCGGGCUACUCCGGGGCCUGGAUGGGACUCGCGCUUCCGCCCUCCCUACCAGCGUUCCGCCCCGGCGCGACGCACACCCGAGUCGGGCCUCGCAGCGCUUUACGCGCCCUCGGCCCCGCACACGAAAAUCUAAAGCAGUCCACAGUAGCUGGCAAGCGCCCCCCAGUUUGAACCAACCUGUUAGCUAGAGUUCAAGUGUAAACCAAGCAGGCAAGACAAAAUGCACCUAAAGUUCAAGCAUCAAGGAAUAAAGAGGGAGGGUGGACACAGAUAUAAAGACCUGGAAGAGGGGAAGUCUUUAUCAAGCAAAAGACAAAGCCAACACCAGGUUGAGACUUCGGCUUUCCUACAUUUACUCAGAGUUCCAGAGUCAAAGCCAAGUCUGAUUUUGUUGGUUCUGCAUCUCUUAUAAAGUACAUCUUGCAAGCCUUAAAGAGUAAAGGUCAAGGUUCAAGAUCAAGUGACAUUGAGAGUGUCCUUAACAGCUAGUCAUAUUUGAAGAUGUUCGUGAUGCUGAAGAUGCUCUUUAUAACCUCAAUAGAAAAUGGGUAUGUGGCCGUCAAAUUGAAAUACAGUUUGCACAAGGUGAUCGCAAAACACCAGGCCAAAUGAAAUCAAAAGAACGACACCCUUGUUCUCCAGCGGAUCAUAGGAGAUCAAGAAGCCCCAGCCAAAGGAGAACUCGAAGUAGAAGUUCUUCCUGGGGUAGAAACAGGAGGUGCUCUGAUAGUCUUAAAGAGUCUCGACACAGACGAUUUUCUUAUAGCCAGUCUAAAUCUCGGUCUAAAUCACUACCGAGGCGCUCUACCUCAGCAAGGCAAUCAAGAACUCCAAGAAGAAAUUCUAGUUCUAGAGGACGGUCAAGGUCCAAGUCCUUACAAAAAAGGUCCAAGUCAAUAGGAAAAUCACAAUCAAGUUCACCGCAAAAGCAGACUAGCUCAGAAGCAAAAUCAAGAUCACAUGGAAGACAUUCUGACUCCAUAGCAAGAUCCCCAUGUAAAUCUCCCAAAGGGUACACCAAUUCUGAAACUAAAGCACAAACAGCAAAACAUUCUCAUUUUCGGUCACAUUCCAGAUCCCGGAGUUACCGUCAUAAAAACAGUUGGUGAACAGCUACAGAAGAGCACUACAUAGUCUUUAUUAUACAUUAUUAAGUCUCUCAUUAUGUUAAAUAAAAAUUCUUCAAGGCUUAAAGAAAAUGUGAGUUGAUAUUGGUUACUUUGGGCAUGUGCAAAAAAUAAGAUCUCUCUCGCUUUGGAUUAAUAAAUAUUUGGUCUCAAUUUAAGGGCCCACACCACAAAUUAUAUGUCUAAUGUCACCAUUUUAUGGAUUAUUUUUGUUUAUGUUGUAGCAGAAGGGUACUUUUCAAAUGAAAUGGGUAAAAUGGAACUAAUUUAGAAAAUUCUAUUUGGGUAUUAAGUACUAGUAAUAUUAAUACCUUUUACAAGAAUUUUUUUACUUUAAAGCACUUUUACUUUCAUGUAAAAAGUAAUUAUGACUAUAAUUGCAUAGGGUAGACUUAAACUAUUUGACAUGACACGUUAUGUCUAUUUCAUGUCUUCUAUUUAAACUUGGGUCAAUUUCUGAUGGAUAAUAGUUCAUAUUACAAAAUUCUGACAUCCAAAGUAGAAUUUAUAGAGAGACUAGGCAUUCAACAUAUGAUUUUAUUUUUGUUGGGUGAAACAGUAUAAAGGUCACAUUUAAUUGCAUUCUGUACUGUGUUCAUUUCAACCAUGUCAAAAAUUUUUAGAAGUACUGAAUUUUUAAUGAUUUCAGAACUACUUCUCUAAAAACUAUAGUGUGCAACACUCACAAUCCAAAAAUAUUCAUAGCAAGCCUUAUACAUUUGAAAAGUGGUACAUUUUAUAUAAAGUCAUAUUUUAUACUAUGAUUUCUACAUACCUGUUUUUCACUGUUGCUAAUUUUUUUUGGUUUUUAGAGCUGUAGCUCAAGACUUUGAAUUGUAUAGAAUGUCUCAUUAUUUUUAAAACAGAGUGUUUAGUACCUUGUAUUAAGAAACUCAAGACUGCAUCCUUAAAAAACACCUUAGCAGUAUUUGGAUUUUACAUUACACUGCCUUUAAUUUUUUUAAACCAAAUAACUGUUGAUAAUUAUUGCUUUGUAGUUGUUAUAACUGAGAACUUUCUUUUAAAAUGUGCUUGUAGUUUACACUUUUCAGAGAAAGUUUUGGUAGCAUUUCUGAUAAAAUGGUUUUGCAUAUGAUUAUUAUAGGGGACAUAUUUAUAGAGCUCUAAUUGUGUACCUUGUUGAAUUAUAUUAUUGAAACUUAAGAGUUCUCAGCCCACACAGUUAAUAUUUGUAUCUAGAGUGCUUAAGAAAAAAAAUCUGUGUUAUAAAAUCUUGCAUUUUUAGCUUUUAGGAGCCAGUGUUGCUUUUAUUUGUUUUGAAUACAAAUUCCAUUUUUCUUUGCAUUUUAGAUCCUAUAUGUAAGGAACAGUUUUAAAAAAUAAUUUAUAUGCUGAUAACAUUUGGAAAAGUACCAUAAACUCAUGUAGAUUGUACUUUAUGAAUAGAUUUUUCUCUUCUCACAGCAAAAUUUAUUUCAAAAUUACAACUAUUUGAAAUGUUUAGCUCUAAUAAAAUUUAAUUAUAAAUUAUGUGGCAAUAUUGACAUUUAAAGGAUAGCCUUAGAAAGAACAAGACAAAUAUUAAUGGUAGUUUUAUAUUUUCUGAAUUAACUUAGGUUUACACACACAUACAUCUUGUCAUUCUAUACACUAACUAGAAAUUGAUUAUAGUGUCUUUGCUCUGCAUUAACAAAUCAAUAUCUCUUAGUAAAAAGUUAAUGAGGCAUUGUUUCUGAACAUAUUUAAUCCUUUGACAAACCUCUGACUUGGUUUUCUGUUGUAAUCUCUGGACUGCUUAGGAGGAUAAUACUUGGUUUGAUGGAAAAGCUGGAAUGUUAAUAGCUCAGACUUCUUUGAGCAUUUACUGUGUGUUGGUGCUGCUCUGUAAAUUUUGUUAUUCACUCAUUUAAUCAUCACUUUAACUUUUGAGGUAAAUACUGUUGCAAACAAGGAAACUGAAAUGCAGAGAGGUUAAGUUACAUGCACAGGUCAGAUAGCCAUUAAGUUUUGGAGCUGAAAGAAACUGGGUUCUGGAGUGCCCCUUCCCAACUAUUGUGCUGUGUUUUGUAGAAAAAGGAAAGUCUUUGACAGAUAUAUGCUUAGAGGAAAAGGGAGGAUAGAAUUAGAAAAAUGAGCAUAGGCUUCAAUGAAAAUGAAUUCUGUGAUGGGUGAAAACUGAUUGGCAUUUGUGUUGGGUAUCCUGAAAAGUUGUAUUCUGGGAAUAUUUUUAGGGUUUUGUCAUAGAAUUUUUUCUUGGGCCAUUUAAGAGAGGAUAUUUAUGAUAAAAUUGUCUUAAUAAAUCAAGUGUUUUAAUUUUUUUUCCUUUAAACAUUAUAUAUUUACUUACGUACUUCCCACGUUUAGUGCAGGGGUACUACACACCUCUGUUCAGUAUUAUACAGAUUAAAAUAAUGUCGAAGAAAAAAAAGAUGGCCACUAUCAGCUGCUUCUGUUUUCUUUCUCCAGGAAUAAAGCACAAAUGUCUGAAUAGCACUUUGAGUUCUGUUUUGCAGCUGAUAAUAGAUAAUGGGGGGAUUUGCUGAUUUCUUUUCUUCAGAUGUUUUUUUUUCCACCUAGAAUUUAAUCUUGUGUCACUGGGCUAUUUAUUUGAAAGAGGGUGUGUGCGUGCAGCUUUCGUUAUUUAUAUUGCAAACCAAUGGUGCUUAUCCUUUUUUCUUUUUCAUACCACAUCACAAGAAACAAGGUAAUCGGUAAGGAACACUCCCAUGAGUAAUCUUUGCCAAAGCUGAAAUUCCACCCCUAUCUUUCCCAACCAAGUUAGCAUUUUAGGUUACAGACACUUAAGAAUGGUUCUAUCUUAGAGAAAUAACUUUUAAUUGCCCCUAAUGUAUAUCUUUAAAUGUAAAUUUUUCACUAAUUUCAGGACUUUAAAUAUUUGUAAUGUUUACUUAAAAUACAAUUAUUCAAGACGUUGCAUUACCAGUAAAUGACCAAGAAAAGCUGCAUUUUUCUGAUCCCAUUGAAGUAGGCAAAAUGUCAAAUUUAAAGGAAAAUUAUUUAGAAAUACUUUUCUGUUUUUUCCAUACUACAUUAAAGUUGUAAUUUCUUAUUUACAGGUUAAAAAAUUGUCCUUCAAAUACGGUGGUAGAACAUUUAGGUUACUUGUGUAGAUUAAUAUAUGCUGCUUAAUACAGUGUCAUCUGGUGAAAGGGAUAUUAAUCUGGUUUUAUGGACCCAGAAACUGAGCCCUGUGCAAUUAAAUGCCAAACUGCUAUGUUUGCAUUUCUCAAAAUAAAUGAUAAGUUUUAUCAGAUUUUCAAACAAGUCGAUGACUCCCAAUGGUUUAAGGACAAGUGGUUCAUUGAGACAUGUAUGGAUUUUGGAGUCAGAACUCAGGUUUUUUUCCACAUACCCAUUGAAUACCUAUGCAACCUCUAUGAGCCUCAGUUUCCUCAUCUCUAAAAAGUAGAUAUGUAUACCCCAUAGAGUUGUUUAUAUUUAAAAAUCUAUAUGCCCAGCACAGUACCAAGUCUGGGGUAGGCACUCAAUUGUUAAUUUUAUCUUUCAUUUCCUCUAUUUAAAUAUAUAAUUGAUUAGAAAUCAUUGUCAAGUAUUUGGAAUUAUGCACCCUAGCAUCUGAAUCACUCCCUUGGUGAAAAUAGGGUUUUUAGGAUUAUAGGAUUAAGUAUGGCAUUGGCCUACCAGGUCCUGGAGGGAACUUUAUAUCAUGUAUACCUUUAAAAAGAUGUUCAUAAAUUUAAGGAAAUUAGAUACAAUAAUUGAGUCAAAUACCUUUUUGGGAAUUUGCUCCCUCAGAUAUGUUAGAUAUUUCAGGUGGAUUCAACUGGUCUCAAGCUACAACAGUACUUAUCAAUAAUUAUGACAAAUACCAUUUAUUUAAAGUAAUCAUGAAGAAAGUUUGAAUAAAAAAUAAGUAGACUAUCAUACCCAAAAUUAGUGUUUUCAAAAAAUAGGCAUCAAUAUUUAAAUUCUGUUCUGGGAGAAGGAUAAUAAUAUUAGUAUAUCUCGGAUCUUACAAUUCCAGGAAUGUACAAUAAUUCUGAAUUUGUCAAAAGAAAUAGUAUUAACUUCUGAAGAUAGAUGAAAUAAUAUCAGUUUGGGGAAAAGGCAGAUGAAUUCUCAGUGGAUACUUUGUUUUUAAAUUUUUAAUUAUUGUACUAUUCUAUGCAUGUCUGUUUUCAUAAUGCAAAAAACCAUACUCAACCUAGAUUUGUUUAUAUAAGCUAAAUAAGUUGAAAACAUCUGUACCGAAAGCCAAGAAAUUUGCUGGUUUCAGGUUCUUUCUGCAUGCUGGUAGAAAGUUUGAAGGGUCAUUCUUUUCAAAUAAGAGACUGCCUACUAAUAAUUAAUAUUUAGUUCUAGAAAAGGAUUGACUGCAUGUUUAUUGCUGUUUUAACUUUUGUGUGUUUCUCAGAAACAGUGUAUUUGAAACAAGAAGCAAAAUUACUACUUCUGUGGUCUAGGACUAUAAUUUUAUUAAUCAAACAUCUAAAUACUGUGUGCUUUUUAGGAAAAGCUUCUUAGAGGACUGUAGAGGUAGACUGAAUGAAACAAUCAAGAAU